UUGAAAACAUUUAUAGGGAAAACCCAGAUCAGUUUCUCAGGCAGAAAUGGCGCAUAUAUUUGGCAACACAGCUUUAAGGCAAUUGUCUCAGAUGUUUGCAACAACCAUCUUCUUCCACAGUUCAGAGUACAUUCUAGCAAUCGCCAUUCAUGGCAGAUUCAAUAUAACUCUAAGCUCUCUUCUGAUCAGCAACCAAUAUAUGUUAGCAAUGGCCUGUUCAUUGCUGGAAUACAUCAUUGAACUGGUUCUGCUUCCUGGGUUGAAGGAAUACUGGUGGGUCAGUAACACUGGUUUUGUUCUCAUGGUGAUUGGUGAGGUAAUUCGCAAAUCUGGGAUUCUAACAGCAGGUCGUGCCUUCACCCAUAUGAUCAGAAUCCGUCGUGAAGACCAUAAAAAUUUGGUCACUCAUGGAAUCUAUGGAUCCAUUCGUCAUCCGGGUUACUGUGGAUUUUUUAUAUGGGCUACUGGUACUCAAGUGAUGCUCUGCAACCCAUUUUGUACUGUUGGUUUUAUUUUGGUUCUUUGGCGUUUUUUCUCAGAACGGAUAAACUUUGAGGAGCAUUACUUGAGGAAGUUUUUUGGAUCUCAGUAUGUGGAGUAUUCGCGUCGAGUUCCAUCUGGAUUGCCAUUUGUGAAAUGAAUACCUGCAAAGUUUACAGUUUCUGAGCCUUUGCACCAUUGUUCACCAAAGAAAUGCCCAAAUCAGAAUCUUUACGUGUUCAUGGAGGUGGAUAGAAUCUGAGAAACAUGGAGGAUAGAGAUUGCCAGGGUUUUGGUCACCAAGUGGGUAACAUUGAAUUGAAAAAUAACUACGAAAGAUUAGAUCAAAGGUUUUGUUUUACCCAUUUUUAGUGUGGUGGGGAAUCAGCUUCUGUGUUCGUGUUCUAUUAUUUAUAUAUUCAUGGGGCAAUAGUAUGGUUC